AUGGACCUACGGCUCAUCGUUGCUUUUGUGCUCCUGACGCUCGGCACCUGCCGAAGAACGUACUGGCCGGUGCAGCGGUUGUUUACGCUUGACGAGCUUAACAAGGGCGAGACGUAUCUAAUCUUCUUCUACUGGAACCAAUGUCAACGUUCGAAUUGGUGCCUCCCGGAAAUCCAGAAAGCAGCCCAGACCCUGUCAGACGAGUGGGGCAUCAAGACGGCUUCAUACGAUUGGGAGGAUAUUGGCGUCGGGUCACUUAAUAUUGAUCAGCGCCUCGAGAAAAUGCCCGGCGUGUACGUACGGGCGAGCGACGGGACGAGAAUGAGGUUCCCCACCGAUCCUAUUGACGCCACUGCUGAAGACUUUGUCAACUUUGCCCUACGGUACCGGGACCACGCGAAGAAGACCGACUUUGGGCUGCAUGAUCACUGGGGAGUGGCUUACCGGUCU